AUGGAUUAUGCGAAUCUCAUAUUUAACCAAAUGGGCGGCUUGCUUUGUACUGAAAUCACCCUCUGGAAUGCCAUGGUAAGAGGCUAUGCGUAUAAUGGACCUUGCGAGAAUUGCUUAUCUCUGUUUGAUGAAAUGACUGUGAGAGGUAUUAAACCGAAUAAUUUCACCUACCCAUAUGUUAUUAACGCGUGUUCUCAAAUGGGUUCAUUUCUUGUUGGCCAAAAGGUACAUGGCCUUGUUGUAAAGUCAGGAUUUGGGUGGGCUUUUUCCGUUGGGAAUUCGCUUUUUGAUUUUUAUGUGAAAAAAGCCGAGUCUUUGGACAUGGGAUUGGUGAAAAUUGGAAGUUUUGAUGAUGCUCGGAAGAUGUUUGAUGAAGUUUCUGAGAAAACGGUUGAGUUGUGGAAUAAAAUGAUAGGGAAGUAUGCAAUUACAGGUGAUGUGACUAAUGCGAAAGAGCUGUUCGAUGAAAUGCCUAAGAGAGAUGUUGUUUCUUGGAAUACCAUGAUAUCUACCUAUGCUAAAGCAGGCGAUGUUGAAAACGCCAGCGAUCUAUUUCAGCGGGCCCCACAAAAGAAUGUGGUGACAUGGACCACGAUGCUCGGGGCAUAUGCAGCUGUAGAAGACGUCGAAACCGCACAUAAACUGUUUGAGAAAAUGCCCGCCAGAAAUGGGAAUAUCAGCAGGCACUAG